AAAAAUGGGGAAAUUUGAGUUAUUUUUCAUUUUUAUUGUGUUUAGUAUUCUUUUCAUUUUUUGCCGAGCUAAGGCAGCUUCAAGGAAAUAUCUGGAAACCAAAAAUCUUGUGAUGUCUAUAAUGGCCGUGCAGCACCUCCUUUCGUAAAGUAUCCAAAUCCAAGCUUGCACUGAUUGGCAGCAGAAUCCCGCAUUUGUUUCAAAAUCUAACAUGAGUCAUUAUACUAUGGUGCGCAUAUUUGCCUUAUGAUGCUUUGUUUGUUGGAUGAAAACAUUGUCAUUUCUAUGUAAUAUAUCCUUAGACCUCUGGUUGCAAAACAUUUCCCAUUUUCCCCUCGUCAAAAAUUACACACGAGCACUCCAAUCAAUUAAAACUCUGGAAAUAUGUAUGUUAUUAUAGUUUCUUGUGCUCAACAUUGUGCCAUUUAUCUCCAAUGUUUGUCUAGAUUUUUCAUGUCCAUAUGCUUAAUAGUUUCAUGCCCAGCUCAUGUAAUCUUUCCUGAGAAAAGAAUGUGCUAUUAGUUUCCAGGGGGCAGGACAGUUGUCACCAUGAUCAGGUGGUACAGAAAAGUUCAGUCUAGGAGUUGAAUCAUUUUCUUGUAGUCUUGAUCAUGGACACUUUUAUUAUGUGAAACAAAUUGUUCCUUUAUCACAGCCCUGGACUUGAAUUUAUUUAACCUUUUUGACACUGCUCUGUACAAUAUCAGAUGUAUUCAUGAUUUGACAGGCAUACUAACUUUAUUGGAUAAAUUUAUUUUUGUUCUUUGUGUAAUUCAUGUACUGAAUUUGUAAGGGAAUGCUGACAUGUUCUGUGGGCCACGUGGGUUAACUGGAUGUUGAUGAUCACUGUCAGAUGCCUGUAGUACAGUGAAGUUAUAAUUUUAGAUUUUGAUUAUCGUCCAACUGAGUUCUGUAUUGAUUUUUUAUGAGUUUGUUCAAAUGAAGGAACUGUGAGCACAGGGUGUUGAUUCAAGAGGGAAACCCUAAGUAGGAAGGAAGGAAUAAGUAACUGGAAGAAGAAAGAAGUCACCUGAAUUUCCCGAAAACCCUUAGAGAAGACAAGACAAGAAUGAAGUACAGACAAAGCAAAGCUCUAAACCUCCUCACAUAAUUUUCUGAUGCCCCUCUCCAUUUGCAGUAACGCAUUGCUUCAUACCCCCUACUUAUAGAGGAUUGUAGACCAACUUGGCUACAAAGUUACAAAGCGAGGAAACAACUUUGAAAGUGAUGGCUGUCCCACAAGUUGACAAGAAAAUGCUUGGUGAACUUGAAGUUAUGGGAUUCCCCGCCGUUCGUUCAAUUAGGGCACUUCAUUAUUCUGGUAAUUCCAAUCUUGAAUCUGCGAUAAAUUGGCUUCUGGAACAUGAAAGUGACUCAGACAAUGAUCAGCUACCAUUGGUUUCAAGAGAAAUCAGCAUUGAAUGCGGCGACACAUCAAACGAAGUGAGAAACAGCGCUCAAGGAAUGAGGACCCAUGCCCAGGAGAGAAAAUCAGAAGAGCAAGCUACAGCUGGAAGUCAGAAGGAGAUUUCAGAGGUGGAAAGAGAACUCAAUGCCAAUGAACAUGAGGAAGAGGAUAGAAAGAGGGUUCUAGCACUACAUAAGUCAAAGCGUGUCGAGGAAGAAAAAUCAAGAGGGAGAAUCAGAAAUCAACUUCAGGAGGAUAAGAGGGUGAGGAUUCAAGCUGCUAAAGAUGUUAUGGAAGCAAAACGGACUCUUGAAGAAAAUCAAAGAAAACGCAUGAUGGAAAGUCGAAAAGCAGAACAAGAGGAGAAAAGAGCAAGGGAGAGAAUCCGUCAGCGUAUAGAGGAUGAUAAGGCCGAAAGGAGGAGAGGACUUGGUUUGCCACGGGAAAAUACAGUAGCAUCACCCCCAAUAGUAACUCUCGCAAAGGUAAAACCUAUUGAACCAAUUGUAACAUCAGAACAAUUGAGAGAUUGUCUACGAAAUCUGAAAAAGAAUCACAAGGAUGACAACGCUAGAGUGAAAAGAGCAUUCCAAAUAUUGCUGAAGAUAGUCGCCAACAUAGUAAAGAACCCAGAAGAGGAGAAGUUCAGGAGGAUUCGACUAAGCAACCCUGUUUUCAAGGACAGGGUGGGUAAUCUGCAAGGCGGGGUAGAGUUCCUGGAGCUGUGCGGGUUCCAGAAGCUCAGGAACAACAGCUACCUGGUCAUGCCGAGGGGCAAGGUCGACGUGGCGCUCCUCAACGCAGCGGGGGUCGAGAUCGCGUCUGCCAUGGAGAAUCCCUACUUUGGGCUGCUCUCCAAGUGAGCGGGACAGACUUCACUCCUCUCUGCUUCACCAUUAAGAGCUCAUCUAUAUUCGGUACGAGCUUUGUAAUAAAAAAGAAAAGAAAAAACCUUUGUGGCAAUGAAGUGUGAGUACCAGUGAAUGGACGGCACGGCACUGUAGCUAAUAGAUCUCGUCGAUGGGAUCUAUCCCCUGUAACUGAACAAAUUGUGUGCGGUGGGAACGAUGUAUUCCAGUAAAUCUCAGGAUUCGUCGGCGGUGUACGGAAAUCAAAACAAAAUGGGACGAGAUGCCUGCAAAAGGAUGACCGAGCUGUGAUGCCAUGGCCCUACUAUUUCUUUUUUGAAAGAUCCAGCACCGCUGGCAUUUCAUUGAUAAUAGCAGGAAGCAGCGGAAAACAACAAGGUGGUGAAGGUCCUAGGACCAGAUCCGAAGAUCAAAGAAAGAGAAAAGAAAAGAAAAAGAAACAACAACCCUAAUAGCUGCAGCACAACACUCCAUACAAUCCAUACUAGGCAGCACAGCUCCGACUCCGACGAAGAAACUACUAAGGAAACAGGCAGG